AUGCAGCUUAACCGGGUGACAGUGAAGAAGCGUUAUCCCCUACCCAGGAUUGAUGAUUUGUUUGACCAACUAAGGGGUGCUCAGGGAAUUAGUGUGGAUCUUCAGAAGAUUUCGGCAGUGUCUACAUGGGAGCAACUGAGGAAUGUUACGGAAGUGAGGAGCUUUCUGGGGCUAGCUGGCUAUUACCGACGUUUUGUGCAGGACUUCUCACCUAUCGCUCUGCCUUUUACUAAGUUGACCCAAAGGGGGUCAAAUUUGAAUGGGAUGAGAAUUGUGAACGGAGUUUUCAGGAGCUCAACACAACGUCUUACUCACACCCCUGUCCUUGCUCUUCCAGACGAUGGCGGUGAGUUUGAAAUCUACAGUGAUGGAUCCUUAUCAGGAUUGGGUUGUGUUCUGAUGCAGGAUAGGAAAGUCAUCGCCUAUGCUUCCAGGCAGCUCAAGAAUCACGAGAGAAACUAUCCCACUCAUGAUCUGUAA